AUGGCCGAGGAAACGAUAACAAAUCUUGCCAACAUAAAGCACAUUAUACUUGUAUUAUCCGGUAAAGGGGGAGUUGGCAAAAGUUCAAUUACGACACAACUGGCUCUAUGUUUGGUGAAUAGUGGAAACAAAGUAGGCGUGUUAGAUAUAGACCUAACAGGACCUAGCAUACCUCGCAUGCUAGGAGUGGAUGAAAAGCAGGUUCACCAAGCUUCUACCGGGUGGGUACCAGUAUACUUGGACGAAAAUCAACAACUUUGUUGCAUGUCCAUUGGAUUUUUGUUACAAAAUAAGAAUGAUUCGGUCAUUUGGCGAGGUCCAAAGAAAACAGCUAUGAUACGGCAAUUUCUUACCGAUGUUUGUUGGGGUGAACUAGAUUAUUUGAUUAUUGAUACUCCACCAGGCACCUCAGAUGAGCAUAUUUCUAUAGCUGAAUCGUUAAAAGAUGUGAAACCAGAUGGAGCAGUAAUUGUUACCACUCCACAAGCAGUGGCUUUAGCUGACGUGAGGAAAGAAUUGAACUUUUGUAAAAAAGUAAAGUUGCCUAUUCUCGGUGUAAUAGAGAACAUGAGUGGCUUUGUGUGUCCGCAUUGUGAGGAAUGCACGAAUUUAUUCUCGACAGGCGGUGGUGAAGCUAUGGCACGAGAAUUUGAAGUAGAUUUUCUGGGCCGUGUUCCAAUCGAUCCAAGCUUUACGUUAAUGCUCGAGCCAUCAUCAACACCAGAGUCUAAUGAUUUUAAAAACACGCUACUGGCUAAAUACCCAAAAUCAAAUCUAUUUCAAGUUUUUUCACGAAUUACCGAUAACGUGGUAGCAAAACCAAACCAGAUGGAAUGGAGGCUGCUGCAUCAAGCUCUUGUGUAUCAAGCAAAAGAGGGGCAAGAAAAGCUAUUGAAUGAAGUAAAAGCUAGUGAAAAUGCAACAGAUAUCGAUGAUGACGUAGAAAUCGAUAUCGAUUGA